UUUCAGGCAGAGUGGCUCCUAAAGACCACAUGGUUUUCUCAGGGGACCAAGGGCAGGCUACUGAACAGCCCUGUGACUUAGUUUCUCCACCUGUGAGUUCAGGUUACUACCAGUCUUGACCUCCGAGGGCCGUCGUGGGGACAGGGUGGGUACCCAGGGCCGUGUGCUCAGAAGGACCCGUGCUGGGUUUAAUACUUCCCUGUCCUCUUGAAAUUCCUAGGCAUUUUUGAACAAGGGGCCCCCCGUUUUCAUUUCUCAUGGAGUCGCUCAAGUCAACUGGCCUGUCAUGUGUGGGAGGAAAUGAGCAAGCGCAAGUGGACGCCAUCUGUGCCUGACAUGGGCUUAUUCACCCUUCCUAAUCCUCAGUGCCUGUUGCUCAAUUUGACUUCUUUUCAUUAGCUGUGAAAUAUAGUUUCAGAGCCAAAAUCACAACCCGAACUGCCAAGAACUAAGCAUGCCAAAGGGAAGCUGACUCUGGGACAUGAUGCCGCCACCACCACUGCCCAGUGAGGAGCCCAGAUAGAGGCCGCACUGCCCUGGGUGGUGGCACCCGGCCAAGGACGCCCCGCCCGCCCAUGCUCGCUGUGGGCCCUGCCAUGGACGGGGAGUGCCCCCAGCGAGAGCCCCCACCCGUGGGCAGCGUCCUGUGUGGCCGGCAUCCCCUGCAGCCCCCAAUCUAUGGCUCCAGCAUCGAGAAUGCGGUGCUGCACUGCCCCUGGUGGGGCACCUACUUCGCGCCACCGCCACCGCCGCCACUGCCAGCAUACCCAGCCUUCCCCACCGAGAACCACCAGUUUCGGACCUCCACCUCCUACCUGUGCCCGCCCGUGGGUGGCCAGCCCUGCCUGGACACCAGCUACGCCCCCGCGGCCGCCGCCACCCCCAGCUUCCUACCAAAGAGCAACAACUUUCCUCAGGACUCAUUGAAUUUCGACGACAUCUCCAACUUAUCCUCAUCCGUGGACUCCCUGUCGGACAUCGCAGACACGCCCGACUUCCCACCGGCCGACAGCCUCAGCCAGGUGCCCACCAUCUGGGACGUGAGCACCACCUCAUCCACCCAUGACAGCAAGCUCUUCCUGCCCACCAGGCCAUUCCCAGGCCUUGAAGACCCUGUGUCCUCCCUCCCUGCCACCUCACUUCUCAUCAGCUACCAGUCGCAGAGCCAGCCCGAGGAGGAGGACGAGGCUGAGGAGGAGGAGGCCGAGGAGCUGGGCCACACAGAGACCUACGCUGACUAUGUGCCCUCCAAGUCCAAGAUCGGAAAACACCACCCUGACCGCGUGGUGGAGACCAGCACCCUGUCAAGUGUGCCACCUCCCGACGUCACCUACACACUGGCUCUGCCUGCCUCAGCCUCAGACAGUGGGGCACUGUCCGCCCUGCAGCUGGAGGCCAUCACCUACGCCUGCCAGCAACAUGAGGUCCUGCUCCCCAGCGGGCAGCGGGCUGGCUUCCUCAUUGGGGACGGGGCCGGCGUGGGCAAGGGCCGCACAGUGGCCGGCAUCAUCUUGGAGAACUACCUGAGGGGCAGGAAGAAGUCCCUGUGGUUCAGCGUCUCCAACGAUCUCAAGUAUGAUGCGGAGCGUGAUCUGCGGGACAUCGAGGCCCCCGGCAUUGCUGUGCACGCACUGAGCAAGAUCAAGUACGGCGACAACACUACCUCAGAGGGUGUCCUCUUUGCCACCUACUCCGCCCUCAUCGGGGAGAGCCAGGCCGGCGGGCAGCACCGCACCCGCAUCCGCCAGAUCCUUGAGUGGUGCGGGGCCGCCUUCGACGGCGUUAUCGUAUUUGACGAGUGCCACAAAGCCAAGAAUGCCAGCUCCACCAAGAUGGGCAAAGCCGUCCUAGACCUUCAGAACAAGCUGCCUCUGGCCAGGGUUGUCUACGCCAGUGCCACAGGUGCCUCUGAGCCACGGAACAUGAUCUACAUGAGCCGCCUGGGCAUCUGGGGCGAGGGCACGCCCUUCCGCACCUUCGAGGAGUUUCUGCACGCCAUCGAGAAGAGGGGUGUGGGUGCUAUGGAGAUCGUGGCCAUGGACAUGAAGGUCAGUGGCAUGUACAUUGCACGCCAGCUUAGCUUCUCUGGAGUCACCUUCCGCAUCGAGGAGAUCCCACUGGCCCCAGCCUUCGAGCGUGUCUACAACCGCGCGGCCCUCCUGUGGGCCGAGGCCCUGGGCGUGUUCCAGCAGGCGGCCGACUGGAUCGGCCUGGAGUCGCGCAAGUCCCUGUGGGGCCAGUUCUGGUCCGCCCAUCAGCGCUUCUUCAAGUACUUGUGCAUCGCUGCCAAGGUCCACCGCCUGGUGGAGCUGGCUCGCGAGGAGCUGGCCCGCGACAAGUGUGUGGUCAUUGGGCUGCAGUCCACGGGCGAGGCCCGCACCCGUGAGGUGCUGGAUGAGAAGGAUGGGCACCUUGACUGCUUCGUCUCAGCUGCCGAGGCUGGAAUGUCACCAGUGCCCCAUCCCAGGAGCUGGCAUCUUCGGCCACCACCUUGGCCCUGGCAGGCAGGCAGCCUGUGCGGCCAGAGCUGUGUGCAGCAUCCAGCCUCGCUAAGAGGCGUCUUUCUGUCGCUCAUUCAGAAGCACUUUCCUUCAACCAAGAGAAAGCGAGACAGAGCCGCGGGCAGUAAGAGAAAACGGCGGCCCCGUUGCCGGGGGGCCAAGGCUCCCCGGCUGAUGUGUGAGGCGGCGGGUGUAAUCCGCGUCAGCGACGACAGCAGCACCGAGUCGGACGCCGGCCUGGACAGCGAUUUCAACUCCUCCCCCGAGUCCCUGGUGGACGACGACGUGGUCAUCGUGGACGCCAUCGGGCCCCCUCUUGACGACCGAGGUGAGGGCCAGCCCGUCGUCCACUGGCUGCUUCAUCCAGCUCUUCAGCACCCAGCAGUCCCUCUCUGCCCCCCACAGCGGGACCUGCAGGGCCCAGGUGUGCUGGAGCGGGUAGAGCGGCUGAAGCAGGACCUGUUGGCCAAAGUGCGCGACCUGGGUCGGGAGCUGCCCGUCAACACCCUGGAUGAACUAAUUGACCAGCUCGGGGGUCCCGAGUGCGUGGCAGAGAUGACGGGCAGGAAAGGCCGUGUGGUGUCCAGGCCUGACGGGACUGUGGCCUUCGAGUCACGGGCAGAGCAAGGCCUGUCCAUUGACCAUGUGAACCUCAGGGAGAAGGAGCGCUUCAUGAGCGGCGAGAAGCUCGUGGCCAUCAUCUCGGAGGCCUCGAGCUCAGGCGUCUCCCUCCAAGCGGACCGUCGGGUGCAAAACCAGAAGCGGCGGGUCCACAUGACACUUGAGCUGCCCUGGAGCGCUGACCGUGCCAUCCAACAGUUCGGCCGUACUCACCGGUCCAACCAGGUCUCGGCGCCUGAGUACAUCUUUCUCAUCUCGGAGCUGGCCGGGGAGCGGAGGUUUGCCUCCAUUGUGGCCAAGCGCCUGGAGAGCCUGGGGGCUCUGACCCACGGAGACCGCCGAGCCACUGAGUCCCGGGACCUGAGCAAGUACAACUUCGAGAACAAGUAUGGUGCCCGGGCCCUGCACUGCGUCCUCACCACCAUCCUAAGCCAGACAGAGAACAAGGUGCCCCUGCCCCGGGGAUACCCAGGAGGGGACGCGGCCUUUUUCCGGGACAUGAAGCAGGGCCUGCUGUCGGUUGGAAUCAGCGGGCGGGAGUCUAGGUCCGGCUGCCUGGACGUGGAGAAGGACUGCUCCAUCACCAAGUUCUUGAACCGUAUUCUGGGCCUGGAGGUCCACAAGCAGAACGCACUCUUCCAGUACUUCUCGGACACCUUUGACCACCUCCUGGAGGCAGACAAGAAGGAGGGCAAAUACGACAUGGGCAUCCUGGACCUGGCCCCGGGUGUCGACGAAAUCUACGAGGAGAGCCAGCAGGUGUUCCUGACGCCCGGGCACCCCCAGGACGGACAGGUGGUCUUCUACAAGAUCAGUGUGGACCGAGGCCUCCGCUGGGAGGAAGCAUUUGCCAAGUCGUUGGAAAUGACGGGCGCGUAUGACGGCUUCUACCUCUCCUACAAGGUACGUGGCAACAAGCCAAGCUGCCUGCUGGCGGAGCAGAGCCGCGGCAAGCACUUCACUGUGUACAAACCCAACAUCGGCCGGCAGAGCCAGCUGGAGACCCUGGACAGCUUGUGCCGCAAAUUCCACCGGGUCACUGCGGAGGAGGCCCAAGAACACUGGGAGAACAGCUACGGCUUCUCGCUUAAGCACUGCAGCCACAAGGCCUGGAACGGGCACUGCCGACUGGUGCAGGAAGGCAAGGACUGCGUGCAGGGCCUGCGCCUACGGCAUCACUACAUGCUGUGCGGGGCGCUGCUGCGCGUGUGGGGCCGCAUCGCCGCUGUUAUGGCCGAUAUCACCAGCAGCAGCUACCUGCAGAUCGUGCGUCUCAAGACCAAGGACAAGAAAAAGCAAGUUGGCAUCAAGGUCCCCGAGGGCUGCGUGCGCCGCGUGCUGCGGGAGCUGCAGCUGAUGGACGCAGACGUGAAGCGCAAGCGCGCGCGCGGCUUGGGCCUCCCCGCGCCACCGCUGUCCGCCCCUCGUCCGCUCACACUGCCCUGUGGCCCUGGCGAGGUGCUGGACCUGACCUACAGCCCACCGGCCGAGCCUUUCCCCCCGGCCCCGCACUUCACCUUCCCGCCACUGCCCGCCGAGCCUCCCGCACCCGCGGGUCCUGGCCUGCUGCUGGGUGCACCAGAUCCCGCGGCGCACCCUGGGGCGCUCCCCACUGACUCCUGCGAACUGCUACACCUGGGCUGUGACAUCAACUUCAAGGAGGUGCUGGAGGACAUGCUGCGCUCGCUGCGCGCUGUUCCAGCCGCCGAGCCCCCCGGCCCACCGGUACCUGGCGCCGGCGCGGGGGCAGCGGGGGGCAGCGGGGGCCCGGAGCGGCAAAGCGUUAUUCAGUUCGGGCAGCCCUUUCCCAACUCGUAGGCCGAGCACACGCAGCCCCAGCGGCGGGGUGCCUUCGGGACAGAAUCUUAUUUAUGUGCUGGGUGACUCGUGUCUAUCUAAGUGAGCGCGGGUUCUCUCCCACGAAUCGGGCGGUGAGCAGGGCCGAGGUCCCCUGUGACUACUGAGGAGGGGGCGUGGCCCCAUCCAGCCCACUGGGCCUCACUGCAGUGCCUUCCCCCAGCCAACCCUCCAAGGGCUGGCUGGGACAGCCGGUGCCUGGGCAGCACCCCCCCAGAUGGGGGUCAGUUCUGGGGGGGGUCAUCAGGGGCCCCAUGCAGGCCACCCUGCACAGGACUGAGGGUGUCCGGGGCCAGCACAGGACUGGGGGUGUCUGGGGCCAGCACAGGCCUUGGGAGUGGGGUCCCAGGAUCCUCUGCCCUUCUUUCUUGACCCCCCCCCACCAUCACUAUAGGUAGGGGCCCUGGGCCAAGGGCCCCCAGCUCUACCCCACCCACGUUAUAAGGCCCCAUCCUUGGUCAGGUGAACCCCAGAAAUCCGUGAAACUGGGUGGUCCCAAGAGCUGGAGACUCAGGAAACCCCAGGUGCUCAGGGCCCCUGCCAACUGUUGGCUCCAGGGCACGCCCCU